AUGCAGAAUUCUAUAGACAUUGGCUGGCUUGAUGUUGGCACCCGUGAAGAUUCUACGUUUGCAAUCCAGGACCACGGCCGGCUGCAACGUGUGGUCUCCGAGUUGCGCGAUCAAGACAACCAAUAUCCAUCAUUAUGUGUAUUCCUCGGCGGGAAAACCAAGAAUCACGCUCUUCAGCAGCUCUACCCUCUGAACAAUAUAAGAAGGCAUGAAUCUGAGGCGCCAAUAAAAUUGCGAUACGAUGUCGCUUCCUUAGAAAGCCGCCGGCCAGUGUUAUUGGCUGAUGGUGAAAUUCCGCACACCGACAAGUUUUACACUGCGAAGAGAUUUGAGGCCGGCGUUGGCCAUCCAAUUUUGUGGAACAACUAUUCAGCGGCCAAAAUACUACUGGUACUGUGGUCGCGAUUGAUAUUUGUCUUCACAGAUGUAGUUUGCGUCUUCAUUGACGACGCUACCUGCAUUGAAGAGGUCGUGCACUUUCUAGUUAGCUGUUUACAGCUUCGUUCUGCAUCCUCCUUUUCUUCGCGAUAUUUACCAAGGGUGAUAUUUAUUUAUGGCCCAUCGGUGAGAAAAGGCGAGAGGGAUAUGUCUGAUAUAGGAUUACUCAACAGGGGAAUCCAAGAGAGCGGAUAUAACGAUCUAUCUAGGGUGUUCUCUAGCUCUAUAUCUUUAUACCUACAGGACCAUCAGUUCUCCGAUAUCACAAAAUUCCAACGCAUCAAAGCGUUAAUCACAGAACAAGUCGAUGCCGUCUCCUCUAUCCGACAAGAAAAUCAAGCCCGGCCGAAUGCAACGCAUUUGAAGGCAUUAUUUCAAUUAGCGAUCCAACACACCUUAAAGGAUAUUUCUCAUCCUUUCGAUUUUGUGAAAGCAACGAGGAGGGAUCGCCCAGUAAGUUGGUGCGCAGAAUCGCAUUUGGCGCAUUAUCUUGAGAUCGGCCACCGCGCUAAUCUCCCCCUCUCGGGAUUGGCCCCAACAAUUGCGUCAGCGCUUUUCAUGGAUCAUUAUGUACCCAAGAUGCUUGCUAUAAACCCCGGCAUGGUAUUUAAAACGUUGUACCGGUCCGUUGUUAUUACGGCGUAUCGUAUUUCCAAGGCAUUAUGGCCCGAGAUGUGUCCCGGGAAAGAAACUGAUCUUGUUGAAUCUAAUUUUAUGCGCUUAUACGAGCGAUUCUCGGAGAACGCAGUCUCCUCGGCAAAUUUACGCAGAGAACAACUCAAGUCCUCCAGUGGUCAGUUAUCUCGCAUGCGAAGCAGUCGUAUCUGUCUAUUUUGUCUUCUGCGUUCUGCGCAACAUGUUCUGGCAUGUGGACAUACAGUGUGCGACCGAUGUGCUCAGAUUUUCGGCAGGCCUACCUUAGGAUUGGAGUAUCAGUUCACCAUCAAGGGUUGUCUCUGUUGCCUCUACCAGAGGCCGUUAGUGGUAGAUGUUCUUCCGCCGACUAUGAGCCCUACAAUUCUUGCCAUCGACGGCGGUGGGGUUAGAGGGGUAAUUCCGUUGGAGUUCCUGCUUCUGGUGCAGGAACAUCUGCGCCCGUGCGCGAUACAAGACGUGGUAGAUCUCGCACUCGGGACAAGUUCCGGUCAGUCAGCCGCCUCAUGA